AUGGCCACCAUCGUAGGAUCUGCGAGCGGCGAGCCUUCCUCGACUCCGCAGUACGAACAAAGCUACGAGGAUGACACCCCUCUCUUCACCUGUCUUUCGUGCAGCAUUGCCUUCCCCAACCCGGAUGAUCAGCGAACCCAUUACCGCUCCGACUUGCAUCGUUACAACAUGAAGCGUCGUGUUGCGAACCUUCCCCCUGUCAAAGCCGAAGUAUUCAACGCCAAGAUCCUCGAACGCCAUACAGCUCUUGCACAGAAAGCACAGACUGCUGUCACACCCGACAAGUGCGAAGCAUGCGACAAGAAGUUCGCUUCGCAAAACGCAUACCGUGAUCACCUCAACUCUAAGAAGCACAAGGAGAACGUGGCUAAGCUCGACAAGAAGAAAGCUUCGCAAUCCGGUCCUUCCACCACACCCGCUACUGCUGACCAGACCGAAGAACAGAUGCCUCUUGUCUUCCGUGUUCCUAAGCCUACUGCCGACUCAACCUCCACAUCAACCAACGAAGUAGCAGCACCGACCACACCCACCACAGAAUCCGCCAUCGUCGCAGCAGAGAAGAAGCAGAACGCCCGAGACACUCUCAUGAUCUCUGAGGAUGCCACCGAAGAGCAGAUACAGGCCGCUAUCGAUUCCAAGGUCGCCUCCUCUCGCCGCAUCGAUCCGAAUCACGAAUGCAUCUUCUGCGCCAAAGCUGGCUUCAGCGAACUCAAAGACACCCUUGCACAUAUGUCCAAAGCUCACGGCUUCUUCAUUCCCGAAUCUGACUACCUCGUCGAUCUUCCCGGUCUCAUCUCAUACCUUUCCGACAAAGUUAGCAUCGGUAACAUCUGUCUGUACUGCAAUGGACGCGGUAAAGGGUUCCACAAUGCGGAAUCGGUAAGGAACCACAUGCUGGACAAGUUCCACUGUAAGAUCGCUUACACGGAUCCAGAGGAUCAGUUGGAAUUGGGCGAUUUCUACGAUUUCACCAGUUCGUAUCCUGCUGAUGAGGAUGAAGAGUGGGAGGAUGCAGAUGGCGAAGAUGUCGAGGAUGAUAUGGAGGUUGAUGACCAGGUGACAGAUCUCGCCACGACCACGAAGAAGUCUAGCAAAAAGUCCACACACGCAGAAGAGGAAGGUGACGAUCAGGUUCGUUACGGAGAUUCGGAAUUCGAACUUGUUCUUCCUUCUGGUGCGAGACUGGGUCAUCGUUCGUUGCGUCGCUACUACCAGCAGUCGUUGCGUGAAGCACCCAUGGGUUCUUCGAGCGAUCACGACGAUCUUUCGCGCAGAUACGGCGGUGGUGGUGCCCUCGCUCGUCGUUUGAUUGCCGAGAGCGGUAUGGGUCAUCACGAUGGCGACGGUACACUGGUUACUGGUCGCCAUGGACAGGUCAUCAAGGCAAGAAACAGGGGUGAAGCGAGGGAGGCAAAGAGACACAUCAACGAGUUUAGGGACAGGAACAGGAAGGAACAGCACAAGACCAAAAUCGGGUUCAGGAACAAUAACCAGAAGCAUUUCCGUGAUCCAUUGCUCCAGUAG